AGUUAUAAAAAUAUUAAAAGCUGGUCAUCUUCCGCGUUCAAAGACGGAAGACAAUUUUCCCUAUCGAAAAUAUUUUCUUUGUGUGUAUUUUAUCUUUUAUUGAUAUAUUUAGUUCAUAACUUACUAGAAGUGUUAACGGAGAUGAUUUGCUGUGAUAAAUAUACUUUUUGAUUAAAAAAAUAAACGUUUUAAAAAUUAAAUAAUUCACAUGAAUUUUAAAGGAAUUAAAUAGAAAAUGAAAAAUAAUUUUGUAACAGUGGACAGGAAUUUAUAUUUGAUCGUGUGUACAACAAAAUGAAAAAUAAUCAACAUAUUUUUAAUUCAAAUAUUUAAAGUUCUGACCACAAGAACUUUAAACUUUGUACGAAAAUGAAAUAAAAAAGGAACUUAAAUUAUUAGAUAAAACAAUUAAAAAGUAAAAGUGUGCGCUGUCAAAUAGAUACGUGUAAACUAGAUUGUAACUCUUCUACGGACACAGAAAUACUUGAUAUAGAUAAAACCAUGGCAGAUGAGUUUAUUCUCAAGAAAGAAAGUGUCUUGGAAUUAGAUAGAGUAGUAGAAAAAGUCAGUAAUGAGCUAGAGGAAUCAUUUGGUCUUUUCUAUAUCAAACGAUCAAUGAAGAAAAUUUCUGAGCCGGAGAGCAAAACGAUUAAAAAUUUACAGGAAAAACUCGAUGAAAUGAAAAAUAAAAUUGAAAAUUUUCAAAGGGAUCUUCUACAGGCUUGUUCACCGGGCGGAGCACAUUUAGAAGUACCCGAAAGACGCGCUCCAUUCAUAAGAGGACCAUCUGCUGAUCGAGACAGUGGUUACACUUCCAGUUCUCGCUUGUCUGUAGUAUCAAGCAAUUCGGAGCAAUCAUCAAACAGACUUUCCAAAGACCUGAAAGAUGAUGAUCGCAAAUUUUCGGAAGAGGCCGAACAAUAUAACCCUUCACCUACCGGAUCGAGCAGCUCCAUAUCAGAUGACGACCAAACCAACAGCAAAAGGCCAGUGUUCUUCCUUAAUGGCUUGGGUUCAGAAACCUCUUCGAUCGGCUGUAAAGAGGAACGUACAGGUGACAUUAAAAAUGAUGAGGGACUUUUACAAAAGACCGCUAAUGAUGAUUCCAGUACCACGAACCAGUCGAACAUUGAUCCAGAUAUUAUCAAAGGGAAACGCGAGAAAACAUCUCCUGAAGCAACCCCUACAAGUGUCCAAGAAACAAACAAUCAUGCUUGCCAAUCACACGCUGGUCGAACUUUAAUGGACGAGGCAUGUGACAACACUGUACCAAAAGUGAUUGAAGGAGAAGUCACGAUAAUUAUUAACAAUCUUUCAAAGCCUUCUUCUGAGGAAGACAAUACAAAAUAUGCAAGUUGAAUGCUGAUUAAAAUACAUAUCACAAACUUUUAGUUAGUUCGUCUUAUCAAUACCGACUAUAUAAGCAGUCAAAAGUUCUGAAAAGAAAAUGAUUUGGCUCAAAUUGUAACAACAACAAAAAACAAAAAAAAAACAAAAAAACCCCAGGAAAAUCAAAACAAAACAAACAAAAAAAAAAGAAAAAAAGAAAACAAACAAUGAAAUCAAAUAAGAUCUUGAAGAAAGCAGCAACAAAAUGAAGAAUCUGUUUAUGAAAUUUUUGGAUAAUAUUCAACAGCGUUAAAGCAGAAACCCCUUAGAUCCAUGGUUAUAUUCGUGAAUAUUUUGAAAAUGUAUUUAAAAGUGUGAAAAGAACAAAGAAAGCAAUUUACAUGUAGGAAAUGCUGCAAAACAUUCAUAACAUCUAGAAUAUUUCUUGAAACUUGAAUCUUAACUUUUCUUAAGAUCUUAGUACACUUUCAAGAUUUAUUUGUUGACAUAUUGUUUGCUCAUCUUGAUCCAUGCAGCUUUAAAUGGAAUUAUUUUAUUUACAGAAAAUGGAUUAUACUUAAUAUUCACGAAGUAAAUAUACUUUUUUGGCAUUUUGUCGGUUAAGGAUCCAGUUGACAAAAAGCCAUCAGAUUAUGUUAUAAAUGAUGUUUCACAAUUUUCUAUGCAUGAGUCAUAACUGAUUACAUGUUCUUCCAUAAAGAUCUAAAUGUUUUUCAUAAAGGAUUGAAAAGCAACUUGCCGAAAAGAAGAACUUCCAUGCAAUGAGUCUGUUUGUUCCUGAAAUAAUGGGCUUACUUACCAUCCGGAGUUGUUUUCUUUUGCAUCAAAUAAAUAAGACAACGCAAAAAACAUAGAUGUUUCAUCAAAUCCGGUCGAGAAACAGUAAAAUGAAUUCUGGAAUCCAUUGUCAUCUCAAUGUUUCAUUUGGAAUUUCUCUUUUUAUUCUCAAGACAGACCUACCCAUGUCCCCGUGCAGAAGUAGAUCUGUAUAUUAUGCAUUUACAUUCUUUUGAUAAUUGAUUGUUCAAUAUGUAUUGAUAAACAAUGUAUUUUCUAUUACAGCUAUUUGGUAUUUUCUUUCGUUUACAAAACUACGCUUUAUAAAUACGACUACUUUUAUUAGAUGUCUCUAAAGAUUACAUGAAAUAAGGUUGAUACAAUUUUUUUUUCAUUAAAGUAUAUAACAUUAGGAUUUCUACAAUCAUUUCUUACAUUUGUAAUGAUUAUUAAGUGUUCGAAUU